AGAGGUUCGAUUGAAAUGCUCAGCGGUUGAGCAAGGUAGCAAGUCAAAGUAUAGAUACAAGACUCAAGGCGAGGUCUUAGACAGUCAUGCCGAGAUCCAACGAUGAUACAAGGAGGCAUGUCCAAGUUCUACCUGAACGGAUUGGUCAGGUCGCUGGAUCCGAGUUUCCAGGUCAUUAUCCAGGAGAAGACCAUUCAUGGAACUUGCAGCGAUUUAAAGAGAACUUGGUCGUCUCGGUUCAACGACUCACGCCUUCGACUGUUGAAUUCGACUUGAUUGGCGUAGAUGCCUCCAUUGCCAAUGCCUUGAGAAGAGUCAUGAUCGCGGAGGUCCCGACAGUGGCUAUCGACAGUGUUUAUGUGUGGAACAAUACGUCAAUCAUGCAGGAUGAGGUGCUCUGUCACCGUUUGGGUUUAUUACCGUUGAAAGUUGAUCCCAGGAAAGUUCAGUACACGAAGAACCCAGAUAAGCCGAGCGAGAACGAUACGUUGAUCUUUGAUCUUCGGGUCCGGUGUGAUCGGAAUAAAGAUGCAAGUAGAGGAGAGACAGACCCCAGGAAGCUAUACUACGAUUCGAAUGUGUAUUCUGGCAUGCUCGAAUGGGUUCCUCAAGGUGCUCAAUCGGAUAAAUUCGGUGUCAAUGGUGUUCCGAAGCCUGCGCCUGUGGAUCCCGAUAUUCUGCUGGUCAAAUUACGUCCGAAGCAGGUGGUCGACUUUCACUGUUUUGCUCGGAAGGGCGUAGGCAUGAAUCACGCCAAAUGGUCUCCAGUCGCCACCGCUUCAUAUCGUCUCCUACCUCAGAUCAUCAUUCGUUCGCCGAUUCCACCGGAGCAUCAGGAGAAAUUCCAAAAAUGCUUUCCGCCAGGUGUCAUUGACAUUGAGGACGACGCCUCGGGUCACCCUCAAUGUGUGGUCAAGAACCCUAGAAAAGAUACAGUCUCCAGGGAAGUUUUGCGUCAUCCAGAGUUUCAGGAUUUGGUCCAAUUGACAAGGAUACGAGAUCAUUUCUUAUUCAACGUCGAGUCAACUGGACAGUACAAUCCCGAAGAGCUCAUCCCUGAGGCUAUCAAGAUCCUUUUGGGGAAAAUAACAGAAGUCGAACAGGGUCUCGAUAAACUCUUCGCACCGAGUGCAGGGGCUGCAUGAAUAGAAUGAGAGAGUUGUUAAUUGUAUACAUACAGUAUGACAGUGACGAUGUAUGAGUACAGAUGAUAUG